AUGACUCGCCGUGAUCCACCGGUGUAUCGAGCCACUGCUGCUAUCCUCCUAGACAAGCCUGGUAUCAAUGUGCCAACCCCGGAGAGAUGGGCUGCUUGUGCUGUUGCUCCAACUGAUGAUCUUCCUCACAAAUUGAAUCUUUGGACCUCUGGAAGGCAUCUGCGAAGUCGUACCAGAAGCGUGAAAGAUGGAGUCAUCGUCAAUGGGUGUUCCAAUCAGAUUUCUCCAACCAACUUCGAUUCCAUGAAAUUCGACGAUCAAGGUUGGCAUCCACUGGACCUGAGCAUGAACAAGCCAGCGGAGAACUGCGCACCUCCAGUGGCCGUGUCGUCCGAGGUUUCUUGCGUUAAUGAGGAGCUUCCGUUCACUGUGCGUCGUGUCACGUUCUCUUUCUAG